AAAUAAUAAUAAUUCUCAUUUCUAGGAUAAUGGCAUCUCCAAUAAUUAUUGAAGGUAAUGAGAAAUCGUCAUCUUUACAAUGGUUACUGUCUAGCGUAAUAACAAUAGCAGAUGCUGAAAUAGUAGAGUGUCUCUUCAAUGACAAGACAGAGAGUAAAGAUAAUGUUUCUUCUCAGCCACAAUAUAGUGAAAUCCUUUGUUUUUCUGUCAAUUCUCUAAGAUCUGCUGGUAGUAACGUGCCAAAUUGGAAUGAGCCAAGUAUAAGGAUAAAAUAUCACGGAACCGAAAGGACUUCACAGAUGCGCAAUCUCAAACAGCCCAACAAUAGUAUUAACUUACAAUUAGGUCCAUUCUAUUCAGAAGUGGAUAUUUCAAUCCUGGAUCGCAUUCAUACGUUACUGAGGCUACAGUCGUUCUCUACAUUACACGAAAAGUAUGAUGCUAGUCCAAACGCACAAUCCUGGACUGAUAAAGAACAAACUACAACUGGAAAAACUGAUAUAGUAUUGAAUAGUCCUUUUAUUCUUCUAUGUUUCCGAUUUCCUAUUCCCGAUUUGCGGCCAUUACAUAAUAUGGAUCGUGCGCCAUGGUGGCAGCGUAAUCUACGAAAAGACUUGUUACUGUUGGAAUUGACGGGGGCCACUCUAACUUCUACUCUAGACAUUGACGAAACUAGUUACAAAUGUGAAAUACAAUGUCGUGAUGCACAUGGACUUUUCCAGUCUGGACUGGAUGAAACUCCUGUUUCUUUCCUCAGAACAUGUGCCGAUUCUAACAGUGAUGGUUGCACCAAAGACGAUGGAUUUGAUUGGCCAAGACUUGUUUUUAAAGCAAAUCCAAUCAGUCAGCACUCAGUUCUUGAAGCAGAAAUUUUGCCAGAAAAUGAUGAAUCGCUUCAAAUGAAUUCUAUUAUGUGCCAUAUGGAUUUAGGUGAAUCUUUACCAUUUGUUUCCCGGAGAGUAUUUUACGAAACUGAUUUACACAGUAACGUGAAUGGUAGGGAUAAACAGGAAAACAGUUCUAGUUGCGAAGCUGAUCAGGUUAUCAUGCCUGCUGAUAAGUAUCAAGUUCAAGAAUUUGUUGAGAAAGCAAUGAACAAUACAAGAUAUUCCUUAGAAUUUUUGCUUCCUAAUCUCAACAUAUUUCUUCCAAGCAAACAUUUUUAUGAAGAGCUGUAUAAUAGGUUAGCUACAGAUCUAGUAAUGUGGGAAUUGUCAGCUCCAAAAGCUGUGAAUCGCUCGGAGAACUUUAACGGGAGGGGUUCUUGUUCUGGAUUUGAUUUGGCUUCCCAGUUAACACAAGAAACUAGUUGUUUCCAAACCUUUUCUAUGUGCAAAUCAGCUCUACAAUAUGAAUCAAGUUCUGACUCAGAAGAAGGUAAUGGUCUUUACUAUUCAAUAAGUGAACCGUUUCAGAGAGGAAAGAAAAAACAUUUUAAAAGACAAGAUCAAAUUCAGAAUCUUCAAAGUAAUCUUGUCAUUACUGUCAAUGUUACUCAGGGAAAAACUACUCUUAUAGCACCACUUCGCGACAACAGUGCCAAUGUUGUUCCUGGACAAUAUGGUGAAUUUCAGUUACAUGUAGAAGAUUCCUUAUUUUGUUUUGUUUCAAAUUAUCAUGGAGAGCUUCAUAAUAAUUAUGUCUGCCUUCAGUCUAACAAAGCAACAUUUUAUCACAAUGGGAUGCUUUCAACUAUUAGACAACCCCAGAAAUUAGAACCUGCUGUCUUGAUUCCACCUACUCAUCUACAUGCAACCAUUUAUCAGUCUGAUCCAGGAAUUCCCCAGAAGCAAGGAUUUCAUGUCGGGAAGGGAGGAGACAGUUUAGAUAUGUUGUCUGUCGUAAUUAAGGUCAACUUAGAUGAACAAGCGAUAAAGACAUUUAAAGUUGCAGUUGGAAUUUCGGGUGCCACACUGAGACACUAUACUACUACAUCACCACAGAAUUGGUUAACGCAGUUUGUAGAUUUCUUUGAUAUAGUUGAUUAUCCCGUAAACGGUUACAUUCCUCCUGCCAUCAUAACUGAAUUACAUCUUCAUCUAUGGAGUUGUGCAAUAGAUUACAGGCCUCUUCAUUUACCACUGAGAGCCGUUAUUACCAUGGAGAAUUUUAGCAUAUCGAGUAAUAUUGCCGCUAAUACAACUACGUCUGUGUUUCGAAUUAUUGCUGAAGAAUUGUGUCUUCUCAUUUCAAACAAUACAGAAGCAGAGAAGGUUGAUUUAAAAAAAAAUUAUGUGUGCGUUGUUGAUACAGGCCUAUUUGAUUUAUCGCUUAGAAUGACAGACAAUAAAGAUUCUUCUCAUCCAAAAUUAGAUUUAAGAGCCAUGAACAAUAUGGUUCAUAUCAGAACGUGUGCCGAUUCCUGCCGUGCUCUUCAAAACUUGAUAACCUAUUUUGCUAAUGAUGGGGACUUAUUAUCAGAUACUUCGCUUCUGAAAGGAACAGAGGUACCUAUUUUAAUUACUGAAUCAGAUGGUCAUGGAAUAAUCAAUCUAUCAAAAUCUCAAGUUGCGCAGGUUAAUGACCUUAUGGCAGAAGCUAUGAAAGAAUCAUCUAAUGGAUGUAGCUGUUGUUUAAAUGAUAAUGGAAAUAAAGAAUUUCAUUCGGAAAUGGAUCAUUUUGGAACGGACUCGCCCACAAAUGAAUUCCACUCACCUAAUCUCUCACAGGAGAAUACAGUCACACUCCAGACAGAAAUUGACAGAUAUAAUGAAGACAUAAUGGCAAGUGAUGAUGAAACUAUGGAUGAACCAAGUGCAGAUGAUGAAUUUUGUAUUUUAGAGAAUGAUCCUGGAAUUGGAAUAACACCAAAAAGUGGAGAACCACAAGUUCGUGUUCUAACUACAGAACCACUCCGACUCAUUGAAAACCAUUUCUCUGUCCCACUCGGUAAGAUGGACGAACUAAGAUCACCAAAAAAUUUUCCUCCUCCAGUUUUGAGAUACAUAUUGAGAGAGAUGUCAAUUGUUUGGCAUAUGUAUGGUGGACAUGAUUUUGAUGUUCCUAAAGUGAAAAAUGAGAAAGGUAAAGAAAAGCAUGUAACACUUCAAGAUGACAAGCGAGACAGAUAUGAAUCCAGCACUGAAAGCAGAUUAUAUGGACCCGUUCUUCACUUACAACCUCAGGGAGUCUCUGUAGGAUUUACAAAGAUUGGGGAAGAAGACUCAAUCUGGACCAAUGUUUUAGCAUCUCCAAAAGUAUCAACUAAAAAUAACAUUCCUAAAAGCUGGUUGAUGCGAGGAGGAGUGGGAAGAAUGCAUGAUGUUGUUAUGGAACUGCAGAUGAAUAAGGUUCGCUUCCAACAUGAAGUCUAUCCGGAAAAAACCGAACAAGCAUCCAGGCAAGUGCUGAUAAUUCAUGAUGUAGAGAUUCGAGAUCGUCUAGCAUCUUCCAAAAUCAAUAAGUUUCUUUACCAGUAUGCAUCUCAAGCCAUGCCUCGUCAGUCUCAUGCUAACAUGGUCGUCAUCAAAGCCGUUCACAUCAGACCGGAUCCAAAUCUUCUUACACAAGAAUGUUCGUUGAAAGUUUCUCUAAAACCUUUACGACUCAAUGUUGACCAAGAUGCUCUGUUGUUUUUAUAUAACUUUUUUACUGAAGUCUGUGAUAUCUCAUCUGGUAAGGAUACAGUAGAAAGUAAUACUGAGACCUCGACCACACCUCACCAUUCUCCCGUAAUGGGAGUGACUUCGCCAACGUCGUCUGGUCUAACCCCGACAGAACCUGAUCGCUUACUGAUCAUGCUACAGGAAAGAACAGAAGAAACUCAAGAUCUAAUAAGCCCUUUACAAGAGAAUGCUAAUAAUGAUGGCAAGAGCAACAUUUCAAGUAACAAAUCCUUUACGACACCCAUAUUUUUCAGGUCCUUCGAAUUUACUCCAGAUGUUCCUAUUAAAUUAGAUUAUCACGGAAAGCGAGUCGACAUGGAACAGGGUGCAUUAGCUGGUAUAUUAAUGGGACUAGGUCAACUGAAUAAUUCUGAAUUAAAAUUAAAAAGGUUAUCCUACAGACAUGGGCUUCUAGGCAUAGAUAAGUUAUUAGCGUACAUUUUAAACGAAUGGCUUACAGACAUUAGAAGAAAUCAGUUACCUAGUGUAUUAGUUGGUGUUGGUCCAAUGCAUUCUGUAGUUCAGUUAAUACAGGGAAUUAGAGAUCUGUUCUGGUUGCCGAUUGAGCAGUAUCGGAAAGAUGGGCGAAUCGUUCGAGGAAUACAGAGGGGAGCCAAUUCAUUUACGACAUCGACGGCAAUGGCCUGUUUAGAAUUAGCCAAUAGACUCGUUCAAACAAUUCAGGGUGCUGCUGAAUUCACUUAUGACAUGGUGUCUCCAGGUCCAAGUGUCAGGAUAAAAAAUCAGAUUGCGAAUAGAAAAUGGCACUCCAGUUCUCAACCUGCAGACAUCCGUGAAGGAAUGGCAACAGCUUAUCAAGUAGUCAGAGAAGGUUUAGGAGAUACAGCAAGAAAUUUUGUGAAAAUUGCAUCGGAGGAGCACGAGCACAAAGGAGUCUCCGGAGCUGUGGGAGGAGUUCUGAGGCAGAUACCACCGACAGUAGUUAAACCAAUAAUUUUGGCCACAGAAGCCACGUCGACAGUAUUAGGAGGCGUUCGAAAUCAGUUAGUUCCAGAUGCCAGAAGAGAAGCCGUCGAGAAGUGGAGAUGCGAACAGAGACAUUAAUUUUGAUUGCAUUGUAAAGAUGAUUGAGUCCUACUUGUGAUAAUAUAAAUUACAACCACUGACAAAAGGGGACAGGAUAUUUCAAUCACCACUUAUUUCCUCUUUAUUUUUAUAUUUUUAAAACAAAAAGCCAGAGUAUUGGAUCUACAAAUCAUAUAUAUAUAUAUAUAUAUAAUUCUGCUAAGAUAGGGUAAAAAUCUACCAUUCUAAUAGUUGCACAUAUCAAAAUAAAGAAAGAAAACUUAGUUUUCGAACAUAGUCCAUGCGGUAAACGUGUAUAAAUUCUCCUAUUGAUCUUGUCCCAUUUUUCGGAAAAAAUGCAUUGUUAUUGUGAUAAUGUAUUUAUGGUUGUACAGACUGCACGCGAGCAUUUUUUGGAAUAUUUUAAGUGUUUAAAAUUUUAAAGAUUUACGACUGUUGACAUCUGUAUAGAUCUAUAUAUAUCUAUAUAUGUGUGCAAGUAAAGUUUAUAACUGAAAAAUCGGUCAUCGUCGACAAAAGCUUUUCUUUUUCUUUUGUGAUGAGUUUUAUGUUGUUUGAAUUUAGCAAAGUUCCAUAUGGCAUAAGUGUCCUACUACUUAUCAUUUUCUCUGCUCGAAGGAGUCGAUGGUGCGAAUAUUUAUUUCAAGAGACGUAUAAAUGAAACUUGUGCAAUUUUGUGUGCUUAGAGUAAGUGGCUGUAUAUAAGAUAUUUGCAAUAAAACAAAAGCUCGUUUUUUUUCCA